AGUUUUUUUUUUUUUUGUUUAUAAAAAUGUUCAAGAUUUUACUUCUGUCUUAAAGUCAGUCUAUCUAGAUCUAAUUUAGAUCGAGUUUACGUGUUUACGUUACAACAGACUCUAACAGAGUUCGAAUUCUGUUAUAAAAAAAUCAUAUAAAUUGGAAAAUUAAAGCUUCAAACCAACUUCAUGACUAUUGAAUCCAAUCAUGAUAAACGACUCUGUAACUGGGUUAGAGGAAGUUAUCAAAUGUGUAGUGGUUGGAGAUUCUGGAGUUGGGAAAACUUAUCUGACAUGUGCCUUUGCUUGUAAUGCUAAAUACAGCUUAGAGAAAUUGGUCAAGCCUCAUCAAGCAACUGUAUGGGCUAUAGACCAUUAUCAACAUGACAAAGAGAUUUUAGAGCGUUCCUUAUGUAAUAUUGAUGGCUGUCAGGUGUCUUUGAGAAUAUGGGACACAUUUGGAUAUCAUGAACAAGACAGAUCCUUUGCCUAUAGAGAGGCUGACGUUAUCAUUCUAUGCUUUAGUGUGCUCCAGCCUAUGUCCCUUCGAAAUAUUCAGCGUAUCUGGUACCCAGAAAUAUGUCGCCACACCGAAAAUACACCAGUGGUACUCUGUGGUACUCAAGCAGACUUAAGAUACUUGUGUUUAGAUGCCAGCCUUAUAGAGAUGGAGAAAGGCUUCUUUUUUAGGCAUGCAUCUCCUAAGGAUAUUAUCAUACCCAGUGUUGCUAAGGCUGUGGCCCAGGACAUUGGUGCUCCCUAUUAUGAAACAAGUGUGCUGAACCAUUAUGGUGUUUGUGAUGUCUUUAUUAAUGCUGCAAGGGCAGCUCUUGUGGAGAGACAUAAAACUGCCUUUUGGAAGACACAAUUAAAAAAGGUGAAACGUCCACUCAUUCAGGCACCUAUGAAAAUGCCAGUGCCUUCAUUUCCGGACAUCAAAAUAGCCAAAAACUUUCUUAAGUCUGACAUUUCAUCUCUUCUAAAAAGCAAAUCCGAGUGUGACAUUUGUUUUCUGGUUCAGGGGCAGAAAUUUCAAGCUCAUCGCAUUUGUUUAUCAGUGGUAUCAGAUUUUUUUAGACAGCUGUUUUCUCUGGAACCACUUAUGAAAUUCAAAGUCAACAGAAGGAAAAGUGAUUUGCUAUGCUGUAAAUACCCUGAAAGGUUUACACCUCCGGAGAAAACUUUUAAUGACAGUUUUUUAGAUGAAAUGUUGUUAAAUAACUCAGAAAGAUUUCCUCUGAAAUUAGCCUUUAAUCAUCCAUCAGUCCAAUCCAUUGAAAUAUAUUUAGAGACAGAUCUGUUUGAGUCCCCUCACAAUGUCUUUCAAACAUAUGUAACACUGUGUGAAGAGAUCUCAGCUGAAUCAUUCUCAGUCAUUCUUCAUUACUUGUAUGCUGGCAGACUGGAGUGUCAUGAGAGGAAUUUAUUGGAAGCUAGAAAGACAGCAGAACUUCUUAAGCUAACAGAUGUAGUGACUGUCAUUGAAAAUGUUUUGUCUGGUCAGAGUUAUCUUAAUUUGACCUUGGAAAAACAAUUUCAUGAAGACCGAAUUGUUAAUUUGAGAAAACUUGCACUGCAUUCUAACUUUCUUGAAGACAUUUCCUUUCAAGUAGAUAAUGGUAUUGUUUCGGCUCACAAACCACUGUUGAUGGCUAGAUGUGAAAUGAUGUCUGCCAUGUUCACUAAUGAUUUUAUUGAAUCUGCUUCUGACAUUAUACCAUUUCCUGGAAUUACUGUAGAAACAUUUAGAGCUUUAAAAGAAUAUUUGUAUACGGGGGAGUCUCCUAGCCUUGCUGAUGUUGACUGUAUCAUGCUGAUUGAAGUGGCCAAUAGAUUAUGUCUACCACAACUUGUCAAUAUGGUUGAAGCAUCUGUGGUGCAGGAACUUCUUACCUAUGACAAAGAUGAAAUGUUACAAGAUGCUAUAACACUUCUAGAACCAUCUGAGCUUUACAAUGCCCAACAAUUGUCCAAGUUCUGUCAGUAUAUCUUGAGUAUUAAUUAUAUGGAUGUGAAACACAAGCACUUGAAAUUGUUUUUAGAACUUCCUGUAGAAAAGCAACGACUGAUAGCUGAGAGUCAAUGGCCUCCAAUAUGGUAUCUAAAUGAAGUGGAUCAGUACAGCAAAAGUCAGCCCUAUGCUUCAUAUCAGCAAAUAGUAGGUCAAGAAUGUAACAAAAGUUUAGGCUGUUGGUGGUUUGUUUGUAGAACUAAACAUUAAAGAUGCUUAGAUGAGUGAAAUAUUUAAAAUUUACCAGUCAACAUUUUUUGUCCAUUUCUUGCUUGCUUUUGUUUUCAUCAAAAGGUUUUUUGUUUCAGAAUUAUUUUAAUAUCUACAACACAACAUAGCCAAAUUUAUGUAUGUAUAUAUGUUUACAUCUAAGUGACCUUAUUUUAUGAACCUUCCAUUUUGAUUUAUUCUGAAAGUGUUGAAAAGAAAUUAAAGAAAUUGUCUAACAAUGUUGCAAAAAAAAACUUUUUAAAUUACCUUGAUAUUAAUGCCAUUUUAAAUAUGUGUGAAAAUGGGAUGUUUAAAAAUGCCAUUUGAUUCAUACUUUGAGAUUUAACCAAAUACGCUUUGUUCUGUUAUAUUUAUAAUUUAAUGUUUUACAUAUUAUAUGCUUUAACCUUUUGAAACUUUCAAACUCAAUUUAAGGUUAUCAUUUUUACUACCUUUUGUUUUUUUACCUCUUGUGUUCGUCUACACAGGUGUUAUUAUUCCAAAAAGAAAGGGCAAAAGAAAUAGAUGUAAGACAUAUGUAAUGGAGAAUGGAUAAAAAUGCUGCAUAUAACUAAAUACUGCUCACACACGCACACAAAAGUCAAACAUUCAAUCAUCAUUAAUCAUGAGAAAUAAUAAUAUAAACAUUCUGAAUUGUAAAAAAGGAAUGUUUAUUGCAUAUUUCUUAUUUUUUAAAAGUAGAAGUGUAAUAUGUCAAAAGUUACAAUUGCAUUUUCAUUAUCCUCUGAUUUUACAACUGUUUUAAAAGUUUGACUACUACUAUGCCAUUUACUACCAACAUAUGUAUUGAUUUAUUUCUUAUGGGUAAGUGAUACCUUUAUUUAGUCUUUACACAGUCAGUUGCUUUUCAUUUUUGUUCUUCAAUUGGAAACUGUUUGGUUUAUUUGUUGAGUGCUUGUUGACUUGUGUGCAAUUCUUACAUUUAGAUGACCACUUACCUGUAUAUUGACUUGUUAAUGAAUGAUAUUAACUCACAAACUGAUGUUUCUUAUGAUUUUAUGAUCAAUAAUAUUCAUGCUACAUUUUAAAAUAACAUUGUAUGCUCCCUGAUUGUAUUAUUAAAAUGUAAGAUUCUUUUGUUCUAAAUAAAAUAUGUAGAAAAUUCUUUGUAAAGAGUUUUUUUUUUAAAUAAUUUAGGAUGCUAUGUUGCUUCUGUAUCAUAUAUAUACAUAAAAGAUUCUAUCCUUGCAAGAUUUUUUGUGUGCAAAUAAAUUAUAAAUGUUGACUUCAUAUAUAAAACAUAUAUAGGAGAUGAAAGUCAGUACUGUAAAAGUGGCUUGUUACACUAACUUAAAUAAAACCAUUAUUUAUAGCA